GCAUUGGGGAACUUCAUAACGUUUAUAGCUACCGUCCAAAAAGGCGCUGUAACUCCCGAAAAAUGGCAGAUGUAAGCGGAAAAAAGGGCAGGAUUGCCAUUGUCGGAGGAGGAUUGGUUGGAGCCAUGCAGGCCUGUUACAUGGGACAAAGGGGCUAUACAGUGGAUCUCUUUGAGUCUAGAGAAGACAUCCGUCAGGCAGAGCAUGUUGCCGGCCGUAGCAUCAACCUUGCACUUUCCGUGAGAGGGCGCUCUGCUUUACGACACAUAGGAUUAGAAGAGGAGGUGGUCAAAUCUGGAAUACCCAUGCAUGCACGUCUUAUUCAUGAUGUUGAUGGAAAGAAGAGCACUCAGCCAUAUGGAAAAAAAGGAGAGGCUAUUCUCUCGGUCGACAGGAGGAAACUCAAUGAACUUCUACUAUCAGCUGCUGAGAAGGUUGAUUCAGUCACCCUGCAUUUCUAUCACAAGUUAACUCACCUGGAUUUAGACAAUGGAACCCUUUUCUUCACAGAUAAGAAUGAUAAGAAGGUGGAGGCACAUGCAGAUCUGAUCUUUGGUUGCGAUGGGGCUUAUUCCUGCGUGAGACGGCAGCUGAUGAGAAAGACGUUGGUAGAUUACAGUCAAGAAUAUAUUCCUCAUGGCUACAUGGAACUCUGUGUACCCCCUAAACCAGGAACUAACGGAGAGCAUAAUAUGGAACUCAACUACCUUCACAUAUGGCCCAGGAAUGAAUUCAUGAUGAUUGCCUUGCCUAAUCUGGACGGCUCCUUCACGUUGACUCUCUUCAUGCCUUUCGUUGAGUUUGAGGGCAUCAAGAAACAAGGGGAAGAAGGUGUAUUGGCAUUCUUCAACAAGUACUACCCAGACGCCAUCGAGAAGAUAGGUGUGCAGAACCUGAAAGAUACAUUCAACAGCAGCACAUCGCUUCCAUUGGUUUCUGUUAAGUGUUCCCCUUACCACUAUCAAGAUAAAGCUGUUAUAAUGGGAGAUGCUGCACAUGCCAUGGUACCCUUCUAUGGACAAGGAAUGAAUUGUGGUUUUGAAGAUUGCUUAGUAUUCAAUGAAAUCAUGGAUCAACAUAAUGGUGACUUUGCAAAAGUUCUUCCCCAUUUCUCAACGUUCCGUAGCCCAGAUGCACAGGCAAUGUGUGACCUUGCGAUGUAUAACUAUGUUGAGAUGAGGGCGUUGGUGAACUCUCGCUGGUUCCUCUUCCGCAAGAAAGUGGACAGAUUACUGAACUGGCUUCUUCCUUCCAAGUACAUUCCUCUUUAUUCCAUGGUUACCUUUAGCCGAAUCAGAUACCACGUUGUCAUUAACAAGUGGAAGAAGCAGGAUAAGGUCGUAAACAAUGGGUUGAUCUUGCUGGGUUUAUCAUCACUGGGCAUGCUUGUAUGGCUUGCCUCCAGAGGGCAGCAGAUAAAGUACACCAGAUUAACAGAAAUGCUCACCAGAAGGAUACAUGAUUUCUUCUAAUGUUAUUCAGAGUGUGUAGAUAAUCUCUAUGGCCUGUAUUCUGAAGUCAGGUUUAAUCUAAACUGUGGUCUGAAGUUGUGGUUUAACUAUGGAAAGCCAAUUGUGACAUAAAUCUCUAACAGUAGAGGCUGCUGGCAUCAGCUCAUUUGACUCUCAGAUAAUUUUUAACUGUCUGGGAAGAUUAAGUAAGAUAAUUGUGUUCACCACUGAAGAAUUAAGAAAGAGCACAGUAAACAUAAGAAACAUACCAUGUGAACAAAGUUUGGCUUCCCAUAAUUUUAGCACAGAGUUAGACCACUGCCAAAGUUAAACCCAAGUUCAGAAUAAAGGCCUGUGUAAACAGUGCUAUAUCCAGUGCCCUCUACCUUCUACUGGUAUGUAUAUAUAUAUUCUACCUCUGAGGCCCUGUAAUAUGAAGCUUAGUGAUUGAUCGUAAGGCCGAUUUCUAAGAUUGAUUUAAUUGACUAUUGUGCAUGAUCAAAAGUAACAAUUUUCCGCGUGAUCGAUUACUAAGCUUUAUGUUACAGGGCUCUGGACUAUUGCUCUCCUGUGGUUCCAUAGGAUUAAUGCCUUGACAACAUCCAUUCAAUCCAAAUGCAUGCUUUGGCAAAGCAUACAUAUAGGAUGAUAAAAGGUUUUCUCCAUGUUUCGGCCAAUCAAAAUGAUAAGUUUGGAAAGUGUUUUUGUCAGAAUAUAGGCCUAUGUAAACAGGUUGCAUCGACAUCCGUUUCAAAACACCUUUUCAAUAAUUUACAUCGUAAUUGUUAAAUAACAACUUUUUAGUAUUGAUUCUCAUAUUGAUUUCAUUGAAAAUGGAUUUGCUAAAUAUGUUUACUACCUCAUGUAGGAUUAUGACAUCAUUGGCAUUUGUAUUCAUUCAUUGCAGUCAUGCCUUACUUUGGCACAAAUCAAAAUUUACAUCACUGCAAAGAAUACCUACUGAUCAUCCAAGCGUUAACACAUACCACAUAAAUAUUGUAUCAACUUUAUUUGAUACUCUUCCAGCCAUAUAUAAUGAUUAUGAGUUCAUGACAUAUUUUUUCAUUAAAAUGGGGAUUUGUGAGGCGUCAUUAUUUUUUUUCUCACAUGGUAUGUAGAGAUUUGACUUAAAUUUUACUGAUUAAUGCCUACGGUAUUUUGCAUAUUCUGGUCUAUAAUGUGGAAUUGAGAUGUUAUUGAGGCAUUUAUGGAAGAUCAAGUUAUUCAAAGUCUAUUUUCCCUUUGACUUGCAUUAUAUAUCUUUAAAUCACCUGUAUAUAAUGAUAUGAUACACUAUUGCCUAUGAAGUGCUUUUAUACAGUGCAAAUGAAAAAAAAGUAUAUUUUUGUAAAAAUUUAUCUACUGUGUAUUCUGGUUUGUUUUUCUCUGAAUAUUCCCUGAUUACUUGAUAGCGCCGAUUUAUUCUGCUUGAGAAUAUAGAGCUCUUUUGCCUUGCCUAGCAGUAUUAUGUAUGAAAUGUUAGUCAUUUUCGAUUUUCAAAUGAAAACUUUCCUGUCCAUAAUUUCACGUAUUUGAUUUGUUUUUAAUGCACUGUAGUAGAUUUAUCAUGCCUCCCUCGUCAAUUGAUUGAAUGAAAUGUGAGAAGACAGACGGAGAGAAGACGAACAUUUGACCUCUUUAUCAUAUAUGUAGCUCCUGUCCAAUUCAAAUUACUACAUGCAUAUCACAGAAUCGUGAUAUCCUUAUAGGAUAUGUGUGCAUAGGAAUUGCAUGUGCUGGUAAAGGAAAUGGCCUCCUGUGUGCUUUUAAUAAUGGCUUUAUAAUUAUAGU